CACAACAUAGUGUGUCAUAGUCUCUGUUGGUCUCUUCUUUGAGGAAUUUAAGGUACUCCACUACCACUAGAAAAAUUUCCCUAUACAAUGGGGCCCACUUCUCUCUUUUCCUAUCCUAUAAAAGGACUCCUUUCCUUGGUUUCGUGUAUAUCACUUCCCAACAAUAUAGCUUCUUCCACCAAGCCCUUCAUCAACUAAUUAAGACAUAAUAUAAUUGCCCCCACAUACCCCUUCACUAAUAUAAUUGUUAAAAAAAAUGCAGCCGGUUGAGAUCACAAGUCUCAAUUACCCAAACAUAUAUCCAACCCAUCAUGUUGGGUUCAACAACAACAUCCCCGAAUUUCAACUGAGCGGCGGGGUAUGUAAUCCUGCCGCGUCGUACUAUUUCCAGAUGGCCCCACACGUCCAGGAAUUCAAUGCGCACGGGCCGUGUUUCAGCAACAACUCGACAUCGGAUGAAUCCGAAGAGCAACAACUGAGCCUCAUCAUCGAGAGGAAGCAACGGAGGAUGAUAUCGAAUCGCGAGUCUGCUAGGAGGUCGCGCAUGCGGAAGCAGAAGCACCUGGACGAGCUCUGGUCCCAGGUGCUUUGGCUCCGGAACGAGAACCACCAGCUUCUCGAGAAACUGAACCAAAUCUCGGAGCGCCACGACGUGGCGCUCCAAGAGAACGCGCAGCUCAAAGAAGAGACUUUGGAGCUUCGCCAAAUGGUCACCGAGUUGCAACUUACCUCCCCAUAUCCCAACUUCAAGAAUCUUGAUGAAGACCACUUUUGUGGCUCAUCUUAGAACUCCACAAGCAUGAUGAAAAAGUUUGGGGAACUCCACUUUUGACACCAAAAACAAACACGGGCAAUAACUGUCUCUGCGCAGGAGUAUCUGUACGUGAGUGUUUGUAUUGGGUUUGCCUUUGAUGUCAAAAGUGGUGUCAAAAGUGAGGUUCUCCUAACGUUGUCCUAAUUAUGACGCGUGGAUGGUCCCUCUACCCUAUUGUUAUGUUGAACUGGACCU